AUGAACCACACGCUCUCGCCCUCUUCCGUUCCCAUGAUGCAGCGCGUCUGCCUGUCUCUGAGCCGCCAUGUUGUCGGAGUGAAAGCUUGGAAGUCUGGAAAGAGAACCGGGGUUGAAAUCUGCGACCAUCCGCCCUCUCCGCCUGUAAGUAGCCCUCUCCGUGGGCACAGAGACCCUCUAGCCGGAUCAAACCACACAUCGCCCGGUGUAUUGUCUUUACCGGACUGGAACGAGAGUUUGGGGUGUUAUUUUAACGGCUGUGUUGCCGCCUCCCUCCCCUGCCUCCUCCGGUUGUGUUGCUGUCUUCCGCUCUAGCCAGACAGCUCAGGCCUUUGUUAGCUAGCUUACAUCCGCGUCAUGGAGACCUGUAGAGCCCGAGUGCACGGCAGACAGCGCUCGCCUCGUGCCCCUCCCGGUGCUAGUAACGGGUCACCGGUGUGUGCUAUCUCAGAUAGAGGAGGUGUCGGGGCCGGGUUUGGCCAGUGUCGGACUGGGCUAAACUGUUCUCUGCCUUGGGAGGCCGUGUAUUGUUGGUAAUUGGGUAGCUAGCCACUGGAACCAGUUCCGUGGGUGGCAUGCGACUUAAGCUAGUUAACGUUAGCCGCCUAGAGAACACCUUACAUGGAGAACACAGCUAACUAGCUAUAUGUCAAAAUCAGACAAACCCACAUCUUUGCUUACGUCCAUUUUCAUGUCUAAAUGGCCUCGUUGUUUUGUUUAGUUAGCUUGUUGGAUGUUGUGCCUCAGCGACUGACAGCUAGCUAGAUGGCACACAAAGCUACGUUCUGCUUUUGUUGUUCUGGUACGGGUGGACAGAACAGUAUAUCGCGGUGAUAAUCGAUCCAGGUAUUAAAUAAGGAUUAACCCAGUUAUAGCCAACAAUGCCUAUUUCCGGGUGGCGAACAUAACGACUCGAGCGUGAUGAACAUGAGACUGUGUUACUGAUUUCCGGGUGUUUCCAAAUAGGUUGCUAACGUGACUUUUCUAUCAUGGCAUACACCGCUGUUAUCUACUUUCAUGGAAUAACGUAUUUUUAUGCUAUUUUCAUGCGAAACAGACUGGGAGUAUUAUUUUUUUUAUUUCAAGUGGUUGUCUUGAAGCGGUGUUGUCUAGAUGGCAGGAGCUAGCUUGCUUGCUAGCUAACGAUACCUGCAGAGGGGGGCGUGUUUGUUACGGCAUAGUUCAAUGCUGGGAGGCUUCUGCUCAUUGUCAUGUGUGUCUGUGGUUGAUAGGUGUGUGGACACCUCGGAGCCAUGGAGGUGUGUGUGUGAGGUAGAGAGAGGUGUUGUGGGAUUUGACAGAUUCAGGUGGUAUUUCCUAAUACUCCUCUUCUCCAUCUGUGUAGCAGUACCAGGCCUUAUUAUUCAGACAGAGGUUGAAGCGGUUCAAUUAUAAAUAAAACAUGGAAACAGAAACAUUGAACAGACCACCUGGUUGUCUAGAUAGAAAGUAUCUUACCACUGAACACUCCUCGUCUGUUGAGUGGGUGGAAUCCACAUCACCUGAGGUGUAGGCUGUUGGAAACUGUUUUCUCCAAGCGGAAAAACGUUUUGUAACGAAAACAAGCGUUUCUAUUGGGAAAAUUGAGGUAGGUCCCUCCCUGUUUGGUUCUGUUUGCUUCCAUUUGGUUCCUAGAGUAAACAGUAAACUGUUGUCUGUUGCAAACCGUUUUGCAACGGUCUGCGACUAAUGAAUACACCCCUGGCUGGGCCACUUUCAGCAGGACACAAUGUUGUGGAAUGUUGCAGAUGUCAUGAGUACAACUGACGUGAAUAUUUUUUCUGCAAGUUAGAAAAGCAUGUUUGCUACAGAAUAUAAUCGUAUAGGAACGUUGCACAACCCAGUAGUCAAUGUUCCUAUGGUCUACUGAUCAAGACAAGUGAUGCCCUUUAAAAACAGUUGUUGAACAUAAGUAGGCUCACGUAUCCAAGCCAGCUGAGCACAUAGUAGAACAUGUAUAAGAAACAGGCGUGCCUCCUGAAAUGUGACACAACGCAAGCAUUUGCUGCAGAAUCAUGAACAGUAAACUGUAUCAGAAUGAGUUUCUGUCUAACAUGUCAUGGAGGUCUACAUAAGAGGAAAUACACCAGACUUCUAAUGUUACCCACCUACGUUACCUAUCUACCUUUAGAGCAGGGGUGUCAAUCUCAUUCCAGGGAGGGCCAAGUGUCUGCUGGUUUUUGGUUUUUCCUUUCAAUUAAGACCUAGACAACCAGGUGAGGGGAGUUCCUUAGUUAUCAAUUACCUUAAUUAAUCAAUCAAGUACAAGGGAAGAGCGAAAACCGGCAGACACUUGCCCCUCCGUGGAAUGAGUUCGACACGUGGUUUAGAUAAUUUGUAACUACUGAAAGGGAAUGGGCUAGUGGUUAUGUCAUGGUUUUUCUAAGUAAAUGAGUCAGGCUUCAGUUCCAUUUCAAACUCUUGUCUGUCAGUUGAAUCGAAAAUAGAAAUCCCAGACGAGAGUCAUGAAUUGACAAAGUAAAGUCGAGAUGGAAUUUGACCCCAGCUUAGCGCUGGGGCUUUGUUUGUUUGUUUGUUUGUGUGUGUGUAUUAUUUAUGACACUGUGGGUGAUUUGCACAAUGCUGGGUAUGAAAUUAGUGACUGUCCCUCUCAAAAAUUGUUUUUUUCCAAUCCCUCCUGUAGGUUUUUUCCCAAUCCCUCCUGUAGGUUUUCUCCAACCCCAGUUGUAAUUAACCUGAUUCACCUUAUCAACCAGCUAAUUAUUAGAAUCGGGUGCGUUAGAUUUGUGUUGGAGCGAAAAACUACAUGACGGUAGCUCUCCAGGAACAGGGUUGGAGAGCCCUGACUUAGAAUAUGUCGUCAUUUAUGUUGUGGAAGUUGAGUCCACUGGCUGGAGGACAUAAAUGUUGAUUCAUUGCAGUCCCUGCAAGUGUGUUCCAGAUUGUGUUUUAAGGAGUGUAGCUCGUGUGUGUUUGGAAUGAGGUGUGUGUGUCACUAACGGUGUGUGUGUGUCUCCCUCUUUUCAACAGGCCUUGGUGGAAUGAGCAGUGUGUGUGUGUUGAAGGGUAAAGCAGUGCUCUGGCAGGACUCGUUCAGCCCCCACCUCAGAACUUCAACUCCCAGCAUGCCCGUGGUGCUGAGCAGCGGAGGACACGCCCCCCCGGCCGGACUGACCCCACAUGCCCCGUCCCCUAGCCAACAGGUAAAGGUGGAGACGGAUACAAAAACACACAAAUGCAUAUAGUAGGUAGACACAAAUGUGGUCUCCUCUUUAUACAUUACAUGUUACACAGACUGACAGGCGUGCAGACAAAUUUAAUAGUUUCUGGUGCAAAAGUGGCGCGGGCGGAGGCGUUAGCUAAGUGUGCCUGUGUCGCAGGGCGUGGCGGGUGCUGGUCGGUCUCAGGAUGAUGCCAUGGUGGAUUACUUCUUCCAGCGGCAGCAUGGGGAGCAGCCUGGGAAACACCGCUGGCCCACUGGGGAUAACAUCCACGACAGCCAGGUACUAGGUGUGUGUGUGUGUGUGUAAAAUCAGAAAAUGGUCCGGGUUAAUGUGUGUGAGUGUAUAGCCCUAGUCUUUACCGACCGUCUCUCUGUGUGUGUGUGUAACCUUGCCCCUCUCUAUAUAGGUGCACUAGGUGUGUGUAAUAACCUUGGCUCUCAGUAGGGGUGAUUAUGUGUGGUACUCUAACAUUGUCUGUGUCUGUAGGUGUGUUUGUUGCUCAACCUUGUCUUUCUGUUGGGGUGUGUAUGUGUGUGUUACUCUAAACUUCAAAUCAAAUUUUAUUUACCACAUACGCCGAAUACAACAGGUGUAGACCUUACAGUGAAAUGCUUACUUACAAGCCCUUAACCAACAAUGCAGUUUAAAGAAAAAUAAGUGUUAAGUAAAAAAAUAGAUAAGUAAAAAAUAACGAAUAAUUAAAGAGCAGCAGUAAAAUAAAAUAACAGUAGGGAGGCUAUAUACAGGGGUACUGGUACAGAGUCAAUGUGCGGGGGCACCGGUUAGUUGAGGUAAUUGAGGUAAUAUGUACAUGUGGGUAGAGUUAAAGUGACUGCAUAGAUAAUAAACAGAGUAGCAGCAGCGUAAAAGAGGGGGUGGGGGGUACAAUGCAAAUAGUCCGGGUAGCCAUUUGAUUAGCUGUUCAGGAGUCUUAUGGCUUGGGGGUAGAAGCUGUUAAGAAGCCUUUUGGACCUAGACUUGGCGCUCCGGUACCGCUUGCCGUGCGGUAGCAGAGAGAACAGUCUAUGAUUUGGGUGGCUGGAGUCUUUGACAAUUUUUGUCUUGUCUCUAUCUGUAGGUGAGGUCGAUGGAUGAGCUGAACCAUGACUUCCAGGCUCUGGCCCUAGAGGGGCGUGCCAUGGGAGAGGUAAGGGGUCAGGUGUUACAGGUCAAGUAGUUUGAGGACCAUAGACACUCAGCUUACCAAAGGCCAUGUGAUGGUGGUGGUGUUAGGAAGACCGUGUCCCAGAAUAGUGUUCCGACAUACAACAUCCUGCUGCAAUAGGAAGCUUCAGCAUUGUAAUGUUAGCUAGCAGUUAUCUUGGUUGUCAUUUAGCAAAGGAAUUCAGAGGAAAAUAUCCUUACACUUCCCCUUUCUCUCUCUCCCCCUCCCCUUUCUCUCUCUCCCUCCCCUUUCUUCUCUCCCCUCCCCUCCCCUUUCUCUCUCUCCCCUCCCCUUUCUCUCUCUCUCCCUCCCCUCCCCUUUCUCUCUCUCUCCCCUCCCCUUUCUCUCUCCCCCCUUCUUUCUUUCUCUCUCUCCCCUCCCCUUUCUCUCUCCCUCCCCUCCCCUUUCUCUCUCCCCCCCCUCCCCUUUCUCUCUCUCUCCCCUCCCCUUUCUCUCCCCCUCCCCUUUCUCUCCUCCCCUCCCCUUUCUCUCUCUCUCCCCUCCCCCUUCUCUCUCCUCCCCUCCCCUUUCUCUCUCUCCCCUCCCCCUUUCCUCUCUCUCCCUCCCCUCCCCUUUCUCUCUUCCCCUCCCCUUUCCCCCUUUCCCCUCCCCUUUCUCUCCUCCCCCCUCCCCUUUCUUUUCCUCCUUCCCUCCCUUUCUUCUCUCUUCUUCCCUCCCCUUUCUCUCUUCCCCCCCUCCCCUCUUCCCCCUCCCCUCUCUUUCCCCUCCCCUUUCUCUCUCUCCCCUCCCCUUUUCUCUCUUCCCCCUCCCCCUUUCUCUCCUCUCCUCCCCCGUUCCUCUCUUCUCUCUCUCUUUCCCUUCCCGUUCUCUCCCUCCCACUCUUUCUCCUCUUCUUCCCUUCCCUCCCCUUCUCUCCUCCCCUCCCCUUUCUCUCCGCCCCCUCCCCUUUCUCUCUCUCCGUCUCCCUUCUCCUCUCUCCCCUUUUUCCCCUCCCCUUUUCUCUCUCCUCCCCUUUUUCUCUCUCUUCCCUCCCCCUCCCUUUUCUCCCCUCCCCUCCACUUUCCUCCUCCCCCCUUUUUCUCUCUCCCCCUCCCCUUUCUCUCUCUUCCUCCCCGUUCUUUCCCCUCCCCUUCUCUCCUCGUUUUCUCGUUUCUUCUGUUGCUUUCUUUCCUCUCCUUCUCUUCUUUUUCUUUCUUUCUCCCCUCCGCGUCCCUUUCUCUCUCUUUUCCCUCCCCUUUCUUUCUUUGCCUCCCUCCCCUUUGGAUCUCUCCUCCCCUCUUCUUUCUUUCUCUCCCCUUUCUCUUCUCCCUCCCUCGCUCCUCCCCUCAACCCUUUUCCCUCUGCUCUCCCCCCUCCCGCCCACUCCCCUUUUUCUCUCUCUUCCCUCCCCUUUUUCCUCCUUUCCCUCCCCCUUUUUCUCGCUCUUGCCCUCUCUCUUCCUUCCCUCCCGCUUUUUCUUCUCUCUUCUUCCCUCCCCUUUUUUCUCUCUUCCCUCUUUUCCCUCCCCCUUUUUCUCUCUCCCUCCCUCCCCUUUCUCUCUCGCUCUCCCUCCUCUCCUCUACAGCAGCUUCUGACAGGUAAGAAGUUUUGGGAGAGUGAUGAAGCGGGGAAAGACGGACCAAAAGGGAUCUUCCUGGACCAGUGGAGGGACAGCGCGUGGGGGGCCACAGGUAAGACAGAGGGUGUCCCAGGAUUGAAACGCCAAUGGGUCACCACACCAAAGUCUCAGUGUCCAGCAAAAUGUGUGCAUGUUUGGAGACUGACAGUAGGGCACGCUCUUUCUCCUCCUCCAGACCACUCGGUGUCUCAGCCAAUCAUGGUGUCCCGUCGGCCGGGCGGUGGGUUCCAUAGCGGCGGGGAGGUGGGCGGGUCAGUGAUGUCACCGCGGUCAGAGAGUGGGGGGUUAGGGGUCAGUAUGGUAGAAUACGUCCUCUCCUCCUCUCCCGCCGAGAAACUGGACUCCUGCCUCCGCAAGGGACCCUACGUAAGUAGCCUAAACUCGUUUACAUUCUAUCAUUCAAUACCUUUAUCACUAUAACCAACACUCACCCACUCUUAUCACUGACAACCUGGACUCCUACCUGCGCUAGGUUAUAUUGCAUACGUAGUCUCGUUUAGCACUCCCUCGAUCUCUCACUGGUUCAUUCCUUCAUACACUUAUCUCUUGAUCUCGUACUUUUAUCACUGUGUAUCACUGUCACUUCAUUAAUCAAUCUCUCAAUCACAAUGUUCUCAAUCUGUCCCUCCAUCCAUCUCUCUCUGUCUCUCUCUCUCUGACAGGGUCCGAGGGAUGGAGAGGUGGAGGAGGAGAAUAGGGAGAAACCGAAGGUGUUUGAAGUAGAGAAACUCAAGGAGAUGGUCGAGGGUGAGGGUGAUGUCAUCAGUGAUGUCAUCAACCCUAAUGGGCUCCCUGUGCAGAACGGCCUGGACGUGGACGUCAAAGAGUACAGGUACACACCCACACACACACACACACUCUCUUACUCUGUGUGUGUGUGUGUGUGUACACACAUUCACACCGGCAUACACAUCUCACCAUGUUCCCUCUUCUCUUCCGCUCUCUGCAGUCGUCAAGGCCAGAUGCCACCUGCGGGGCCAGACACUGACAUGAUGGGGGGUGUAGGGGGGUGUGUGGGUGUAGGAGGGGAGGGUAUGGUCCCCAUGGGAGGAGGCGGGGGUCCCAAACCCCAAGAGGACUUCUCUGGUGUGGAACAGGGUGUUACUAUGGCUACCAUGGAGUCUGUGAUGGAGCCUCUGCAGUUUGACUACAACUCCCAGAUGACCAUGGACUCACAGCCCACCGUGGGGCUGUUUGACUACAGCAACCAACAACAGGUGUGUGUGUGUGUGAGAGAUGACGACGACCACCAUGGACUGCUGGACUACGGCAACCAGCAGAGGUGUAUAUGUGUAUAUACUAUGGCACCCCAACUUGCGGCCCACGGGUGUUUUUAUUUGCCCUCCCAAGUUUUCUGAGCAAAAAUGUUGUUUUUGUUUAAUUUUUUAUUGUUGAACUUAAAAGACUGUAAAAACACCAGGAAAUCAGCUCCAAGUGAUUUUAAUUUUGGAAAUCUGUUCCCAUGUAUUCCAUCCCAUAAUAGAGAGACACGUGAUCGUAUUCAAAUGUAAGCAAGGUUUGAAAUGAUUAUGUUUUAGUCAAAUAUUAUAUAUGUUUGGGCUUCUUGCGGUCAAUUUGCAGUCUACAAAUUAUUACCGGUUUGAAGAAUCUCAAAUAUAAAAUAUAUUUUGAUUUGUUUAACACUUUUUUGGUUACUACAUGAUUCCAUAUGUGUUAUUUCAUAGCUUUGAUGUCUUCACUAUUCUACAAUGUAGAAAAUUGUAAAAAAAAAAAAACAGGAAUGAGAAGGUGUGUCCAAACUUUUGACUGGUACUGUAUAUAAUAACCAGUUUGUGUGUGUAGUUGUUCCAGAGACCCAAUGCUCUAGCACUGCAGCAGCUGACAGCAGCUCAACAGCAGCAGUAUGCCUUGGCAGCAGCACAGCAAUCUCACAUUGGUAAGAGACUGAGUGUGUGUGUGCGUGUUUUGUAUGUUUUAGGGGAAAGACAUGUUAAACAUGAUACUCUGCUGACCCAUUCCUGGGCAGUAAUUCAGUGACAAAAAGUUGUUCUUGGACUGGGUGUGUUCCUCUCUUACUGACCUCUCUUUGUGUGUGUUUUCAGGUCUGGCUCCCGCUUUUGUUCCCAACCCUUACAUCAUCAGUGCGGGUCCACCUGGAACUGACCCCUACGCUGCAGGACUGGCAGCUGCUGCAACACUGGGUAAGACCCAUACACACACACACUCACCUACCAUUUCUAUUCCAUGUCCAGCGGCGAUGCCUCCCAGGUACUAUGGAUAUAUAUAUAUAUAUAUAUAUAUAUAUAUAUAUAUAUAUAUAUAUAUACACCAUUUAGCGACUUGCAGUCAUGCGUGCAUACUUUUUACAUAUGCAUACUCCCGGGAAUCGAACCCACUAUUCUGGCAUUGCAUGCGCCAACCAACUUACCGUGUGUGUGUUCAGGCCCAGCGGUGAUGCCUCCUCAGUACUACGGGGUAACUCCAUGGGGAGUGUAUCCAGCCAAUCUGUUCCAGCAACAGGCUGCAGCCGCCAGCAACUCAGCCAAUCAACAGGCUCAAGGACAGAACCAGCAGAACCAACAACAGGUAAUUUACUCGCUAUUGGCUAGACCUCUCCUCAACCUCUCCUAUCUAUCUCCCAUUAGAUAAAGCUACUGUCAGACAUUUUUGCCUGUCUUUCAAUGCUCACCACUUUGUGGUUGUAGAUUGUUUCAGCAUGAAUAGAGUAAGUAUUGAUGCAUUCAUGCACAUUAUUUCGCCCAGUCAUGUUGUGUCCAUGGCAUUUUACUAAGGAUAACACCAGUCUCAGACUUCUCUGCCCUUCAUAUUGGCCAAUCCCUCCCCUAAAUAAUAACAUCAACAAUCAGAUACCCCAACUACACCCACCCCGUCGAACCACACCACUCAGCCCAAAACACCGAUCGACCUCACCAAGCUAACCCACACCUAGACACACAACAACGCUCGACAACACCCGACACCACCUCAGACUCACCCACCACAUAACGACAUCGACACAACCAUACGACCUCAACACAUACACAUCCCACACCUAAUACACUAUAACACCAACACACGCAUACAACACACACACAACACGCAUACAGACACUCACACCAUCGACACUACAACACACACACACGCUCAGACACUCGACACCACGAUACCCACCGCAUCAGCACCACACGUCAGCACACACACGCAUAAGACCUCACACACACCAUCAGACAUCACACACACGCAUCAGACAUCACACACACGCAUCAGACACCAACAACACUCACACACGCAUACAGACACUCACACACACACGCAUACAGACACACACACACACCACACGCAUACAGACACUCACACCACAUACAGACACCUACAGACACUCACACCUACAGCACCACCACACACGCAUACGGACACUCACACACGCAUACAGACACUAUCAAACACACAACAUACAGACACUCACACACACGCAUCAGACACUCAAGCAUGCAGCACCAACACGCAUGCAGACACUCCACACGCAUGCAAGCCUCACACACACGCAUCAGACACACACACACACACGCAUGCAGAACUCACACCACACCCACACACACGCAUACAGACACUCAACACACAACGCAUACAGACACCACACCGCAUACAGACACCCCAUACAGACACUCACACACCACACACAACGACAUCACACACACGCCAUACAGACACCACACACCACACGCAUACAACACUCACACACACGCAUACAGCGCAUACAGACACUCACACACGCAUACAACAUCACACCACACACGCAUACGACACUACACACGAUACAGACACCUCACACACACACGCAUACAGACACUCACACACACGCAUGCAGACACUCACACGCAUGCAGACACUCACACACACGCAUGCAGACACUCACACACACGCAUGCAGACACUCACACACACGCAUGCAGACACUCACACACACGCAUCAGACACACCACAACACACGCAUCAGACACUCACACAACACCCACACACACACCAUACAGACACUCACACACACACACGCAUACAGACACACACACACGCAUACAGACACUCACCACACACACACACACAGCAUACAGACACUCACAUACACAUCAGCAUACAGACACCAAACACACCGCAUACAGACACUCACACACACGCAUACAGACACUCACACACACGCAUACAGACACUCACACACACACGCAUACAGACACUCACACACACACACGCAUACAGACACUCACACACACACACAACCAUACAGACACUCACACACACACACACACACUACAGACACUCACACACACCAACAGCAUACAGGACACUACACACACACACAACAACUAGACACUCGACCACACUCACAUACAGACACUCACACACCACAACACCAGACACUCACACACACACACACGCAUACGAACACUACACCACGCCAUACAGACACUCACCACACACCAAAACGCAUACGACACCACACACCAUACAGACACUCACACCACACCGCAUACAGACACUCACACACGCAUACAGACACUCACAACCACCAUACAGACACUCACACACGCACGACACGCAACAUACAGACACUCACACCACACACGCAUACAGACACUCACACACACGCAUACAGACACUACACACACACGAUACAGACACUCACACCACCUACAGACACUCCACACACAACCACGCAUACAGACACUCACACAGCAUACAGACACUCACCACACACACACACGCAACACUACAACACACACAUACAGACACACCACACACACGACAGAUACAACACUCACACACGCAUACAGACACUCACAAGCACGCAACGCACCACGCAUACAGACACUCACACACACACGCAUACAGGACACUCACACCACACGCAUACAGACACUCACACACACACCAUACAGACACUCACACCACACAUACAGACACUCACACACACACACACGCAUACAGACACUCCACACGCAUACAGACACUCACCACACACAAAACGCAUCAGACACUCCACACACACACUCGCAUACAACACUCAAAACACCACACGCAUACAGACACUCACACACACGCACACUAACAGACACUCACACACACGCAUACAGACACUCACACACGCAUACAGACACUCACACCACGCAUACAGACACCACACACCGCAACAGACACUCACACACAACGCAUACACACCAUCACACCAACACGCAUACAGACACUCACACACACAUACAGACACUCACACACAUACAGACACACACACGCAUACAGACACCACCACACACACACCCAUACAGACACCACACACACGCAUACAGACACUCACACACACACAUCGCAUACAGACACUCACACACACACACGCAUACAGACACGACACUAACGCAUACAGACACUCACACUCACACACGACACUCACACAAGACACCACACACACACGCAUACAGACACUCACACACGCACGCACAUACAGACCUCACACACACAGCAUACAGACACUCACACACAACACCACACACACGCAUACAGACACUCACACACACACACGCAUACAGACACUCACACACACACAUGCAUACAGACACUCACACUCACACAACACCUACACACACGCAUACAGACACUCCACACCACACACCACACGCAUACAGACACUCACACACACACACGCCAUACCAGACACUACCACACUCACACCACACACGCAUACAGACACUAAACAACACCAUACAGACACUCACCACACAGCAUACAGACACUCACAUCACACACACACGCAUGACAACACGUACAACACUCACACGCAUACAGAACACAUCGCAUCACACUAACAACAUCACAACACACACGCAUACAGACACUCAACCAUCAACACACAGCAACACUCACACACACCAACCAUACAACACCUACACACCACACACCAUACAGAACCACACAUACACACACACCAACGACAUCCCACAUACACUCACACACACCACGCAUACAGACACUCACACACACACACGCAUACAGACCACACACACACACCACGCACUCCUACAGACACUCACACUCACAUCCAGACACUCACACAGACACUCACACACACACGCAUACAGACACUCACACACGCACGCAUACAGACACUCACACACCAUACAGACACUCACACCACACACAACAGCACGCACUCAUCAGACACUCACACCACACACCCCAUACAGACACUCACACAUACAGCAUCACAGACACCACACCACAUACAGACACUCACACGCAUACACACACUCACACACACCACGCAUACAGACAUCACACCACACACGAACACGCAACUCACACCACACGCAUACACACACACACGCAUACAGACACUCCACACAACGCAUCCCUACAGACACUCCACACAACAGACUCAACACACACACCCAACACGCAUACAGCACACCACACACACGCAUACAGACACUCGCACACACACACGCAUACAGACACUCACACCACACGCAUACAGACACUGCACACACGCAUACAGACACUCACACCACAUCCAGACACCACACACACCACACAACCGCAUACAGCACACACCACCACACACACACGCACAGACCACACACACACGCACACACCACACACGCACAACACUCACACAACACACACACACUCACCACUACAGACACCACGCGCAUACAGACACCGCACCACCGCAUACAGCACACACACACAGACACUCACACACACGCCACACCAUACAGACACACACACGCAUACAGACACUCGCCACAACACACAACGCACACGCACACAACACUGCACACACCGCAUACAGACACACACACGCAUACAGACACCACUACAACACACACCCCACACGCACACAUACGCAUACAGACACACACCACACAAACGCAACAGACACACACAGACACGCACACAACUGCACCACACGCCAUACAGGCACAACACACACGCACACAGACACACCACACACAGCACACACAUACAGACACCACACACACGCAUACAGACACCACGCACAACACCGCAUACAGACACCACACACAUCCACACAGCAUACAGACACUCACACCAACAAUCAACACUCACACACCACAUACGCACACACACACACACAAACGCAUACAGACACACACACACACACAACCACACACGCAUACUCACACACACGCACCCACGACACUACACACACGCAACAGACACACACACACGCAUACAGACACUCACACAACGCAUACAGACACUACCACACACGCAUACAGACAACUCCACCACACACCAUACAGACACCACACACACACGCAUACAGACACCACACACAUACACACAUCCCGACACUCACCCACAACGCAUACAACACGCACAGACUGCAACACAACGCAUGACAGAACACACACACGCACACAGACACACCCACACCACACAGCGCACACAUACACACACACACUCACACAGACACACACACACGCAUACAUACACACACAACACACGCAUACAGAACCCACGCAAUACAGAAGACACACGCUAAGACACACUCAUACAGACACUCCCACACACACGCCUACAGACACCACACACACACGCAUACAACACACACACACGCAUACAGACACUCGCACACACACGCACACACACACACCACACAUACUGCAUACAGACAAACCACCACACACACACGAUUAACAGACACACACAGACACGCACACAGACUGCACACACGCAUACAGACACACACGCACACAGACACACACACACACACACACACACCACACGCAUACAGACACACACGCAUACAGACACACGCACACGCAUACAGACACACGCACGCACACAGACACACGCACGCACGCAUACAGACACUCACACACGCACACAGACACACGCACACAGACACACACACGCACACAGACACACGCACACACACGCACGCACACGCACGCAUACACACACGCACACGCAUACACACACACGUAUACAGACACUCACUCACACACACGCACGUAUACAGACACUCACACACACGCACGCAUACAGACACUCACACUCACGCACGCAUACAGACACUCACACACACACACACACGCACGCAUACAGACACUCACACACACGCAUACAGACACACGCACACAGACACACACGCACGCAUACAGACACACAGACACACACACACACACACGCGCAUACAGACACGCACACAGACACACACGCGCAUACAGACACUCACACACACACACGCGCAUACAGACACUCACACACACACACGCACACAGACACACACACACACGCAUACAGACACUCACACGCACACAGACACACACACACAUACAGACACACGCGCAUACAGACACGCACUCACACACGCGCAUUCAGACACGCACUCACACACACGCAUACAGACACUCACUCACACACACACGCAUACAGACACUCACACACACGCAUACAUACACACACACACACACACCCACGCAUACAGACACUCACACACACACGCAUACAGACACUCACACGCGCAUACAGACACUCACACGCGCAUACAGACACUCACACGCGCAUACAGACACUCACACGCGCAUACAGACACUCACACGCGCAUACAGACUCUCACGCGCGCAUACAGACACUCACACGCGCAUACAGACACUCACACGCGCAUACAGACACUCACACGCGCAUACAGACACUCACACGCGCAUACAGACACUCACACGCGCAUACAGACACACACACUCACGCGCACACAGACACACUCACACACACACUCACGCGCACACAGACACACUCACACACACACUCGCGCGCACACAGACACACUCACUCACGCGCACACAGACACACUCACACACACACAGACACGCGCACACAGACUCACGCGCACACACACAGACACGCGCACACAGACUCACGCGCACACAGACACACUCACACACACGCGCAUACAGACACGCGCAUACAGACACUCACACACACACGCGCAUACAGACACUCACACACAGACACUCACACACUUGUGCCUGCAUGCGCAUAUGCACAAACUCACACACCCCGGUUUCUGUUAGAACAAUUUUGCACUGUGCAACGUGACCGGGAAUAUUUUCAUUUACCGGCCAUUUCAGAAAUUUACCUGAACCAUAUGCAUUAGGUGUGCAACCCAUUAGGGUGUCCACCGACUGUGCUCAGAAUGACAAAUCACAUUUAGAAUCUUAACAGAAUAUUUAACUGCUGUAAUGAACCAGCCAAUUUUCUAACAUUUGCCAAAAUGCAAUUAGCGGGAAAACACCAUUCUAAACAGUGCACCUGAUGAAAAUCUCUGCUAGAGACUUAGAAAGAGGGAGAAUCUAAAGAUGCAACAACUAGGAUGGUUUGCUAAUAUGGCUAGGAUUGUGCCUUUGGCUUCUCUGGACAACCAAAGAAAGGUGAUUAGGAAAACCAAUCCAAACAAGAUAAAUGCUGGUUUGUAGCAUAUGAAAGGAAGUCUUUAUAAAGUAAUUCCCUAGACUACUUUCAAGCAAGGUUAGACAUGCCUCAUAAUAUGAAGUGAAAUGUUCCGUUUUCAAAAUGCGUACUGCCUCCAGCUCACAUUGCAAAGUGGUGGGUGACGCGCUGAUAACAUGCACAUCGUUGCCUAUUGCACUUGAAUGGCGAAUGGAAGGCGCGCUUCAAUUACUAGUUGAGAAAUAAAAAGUAGCUUGUUUUAAUCGUGGCGAUCAAACCAGUUUUUAAUAUGUUAUUGCAUUUAGAAUUGUUGCACAAUGACUGGGCUUAUAAAAGCACAUUUCACUCCAGCAGCUCUAUUGCUGAGGUGAUAUUGCGCCCAAAAUAGUCUCUCUCUGUAGGCUGUGGCUCUCUGUAGGCUGUAGCUCUCUGUAGGCUGUGACUCUCUGUAGGCUGUGGCUCUCUGUAGGCUGUGGCUCGCUGUGGCUCUCUGUAGGCUGUGGCUCUCUGUAGGCUGUGGCUCUCUGUAGGCUGUGGCUCUCUGUAGGCUGUGACUCUGUAGGCUGUGGCUCUCUGUAGGCUGUGACUCUCUGUAGGCUGUGGCUCUCUGUAGGCUGUGGCUCGCUGUGGCUCUCUGUAGGCUGUGGCUCUCUGUAGGCUGUGGCUCUCUGUAGGCUGUGGCUCUCUGUAGGCUGUGGCUCUCUGUAGGCUGUGACUCUCUGUAGGCUGUGGCUCUCUGUAGGCUGUGACUCUCUGUAGGCUGUGACUCUCUAGGCUGUGACUCUCUAGGCUGUGCGUGUGUGAUAAAAUAGACUAAGGAAAAUGCACACGCUCUAAUUUCAUUCCACAAAAUUAUGCAAAUCAACCUUUAGACCGAUAAGCAUGACUGUCAAAUGUAUUUCCAUUGACUGGUAUUUCCAUCAAUUAAUUAAGAAGCAUUAUUUAGCAAUGGGAUUGUUUUUUUUCUUCUCCCGGUCAAUUUGGCCAACAACAAUUUUACUUACCGCUUUUCAUUUUUGUAUUGGCCAAAAGCCGGCAAUUACCGGUUUACGGAAUCCCUGACACACACACACGUCUAACCCACUGUUUCCCAAACACGGUCCUCAGGACCCCAAGGGUUCAUCAAGCUGUGUAGUGUUAGGGCAAAAACAAAACGUGCACCCUUUCGGGUCCCGAGGACCGAGUUUGGGAAACGCUGGUCUAACCCAUGUGUUUCUCUCUGCAGGCUAUCCCAUGCUGGCUCCAGCUGCCUACUAUGACCAGACGGGGGCGCUAGUGGUCAACACAGGAUCUAGGGGCGGACCCGUACGCCUCAUGGCCCCCGCAGGCUCUGUUAUUAUCUCUCCAUCCGCUGCACAAGCAGGUAACACACUCCUCCAUUUACACUAUCACUCCAUCUCACGCAUUACUAUCACUCAAUCACCCUAAUACAGUAUCUCUCCAUCACUUCUUCAGCCCAUCAAACUCUCACUCCCUUAUGACGCUUUAUUCCUCUCUCUCUGUCCUCUCUGUCCUCUCUCUCUCUCUGUCCUCUCUCUCUCUCUGUCCUCUCUCUCUCUGUCCUCUCUCUCUCUCUGUCCUCUCUCUCUCUCUGUCCUCUCUCUCUCUCUCUCUGUCCUCUCUCUCUCUCUGUCCUCUCUCUCUCUGUCCUCUCUCUCUCUCUGUCCUCUCUCUCUCCGUCUCUCUCUCUCUCCAUCUCUCUCUUCUACCUCUCUCUCUCUCCCCCCCCCCACUCCCUCUCUCUCUCUCUCGCUCUGCCUCUCUCUCUCUCCCUCUCCAGUGGCGGCUGCAGCAGCUGCAGGUGGUGGGGCUAAUGGCGGUAUGGGAGGUGGGGCCAAUGGUCAGUUCCGAGGCAUGCAAUCCCAGCAGCCUCAGCAGCAGGGGGGAGGGGCUAUGUCAGGAAACUCCUUUUAUGGAUCCUCCUCUCUCAGCAACUCCUCCCAAAGCUCCUCCCUCUUCUCUCAAGGUAGCCAAACAACGUACUGUGAGUGAAAACAAAACGGGUGACUUGACAGAUGUUGUGUUCCAGACUAACUACAUUGCAGCCAUUGCAAUGGUUGCAUGCUGUUUCAUUGUCCUCUCUCUCUCUAAGCAUUUCACUGUUGUAUUCGGCGCAUGUGACCAAUAAAAUUUGAUUUGAUUUGAUAUUCCUAUAUCAUAAUGUGUUUAGUUGAUAUGUCAAAUACCUAUUCAGACGUGAGAUCUAACAGGCGUCUGCAAUGUAGUCAGCCUGGAACGUGGCCAAAAUGUGUGUGCAAAUAUUAUUUAAUUUACCAUUUAGAUUCCAAGAUAACGAAGGUGAUAUGUUCUUUUCUCUACAGGCUCCGCCCAGCCAGGCCCUGUCUCCGCCUCUCUGGGCUUUGGUCAGAGCAACUCUUCACUGGGAGCAACGUUGGGAGCUACGCUAGGAGGCUUUGGGACAGCAGGUGUGUGUGUGUGAUGUUUUAUUGUCUCAAAUCUCUCUCCCUCUCUCCAUGUGCAACCCAAGGCUGGUACUCAGUAGACUGGAUGGAGAGGCUUCUCACUCUGUUUAACUAUCUGUAGCCUGCUGUCCUCUGUGUCUGUGUGUAUAACUCCCUCUACUUGCCAACUAUAGUGACAGCAGUGUGUGUGUGUGUGUGUGUGUGUGUGUGUGUGUGUUUUAAUGGUCUCUCUGUCUCCCUCCAGUGGCUAACUCCAGCGGUGGCAGUGGUUCUCGUCGUGACUCUCUGACCGGCAGUAGUGACCUGUACAAACGCACACAGUCGAGUCUCACUCCCAUUGGCCAUGGGGGGUUCUACAACGGAACCCUGGGCUUUAGCUCCUCCCCCGGGCCUGUUGGAAUGCCCCUGCCCAACCAAGGCCCCUCCCAUUCCCUAACCCCACCCCCCUCUCUGUCCAAUCACAGCUCCUCAUCCAACCUCAACCUGGGUGAGUGACGAAGUCUACAUGCUGACAUAAAACUUGCAUUGUAUUUUUGGAGUUAGUGUUAUUAUAACAUUCUAUCAUUGUUAUUAUUAUGUUAUCCAAUCAGUACUAACAUCACUCCUCUCUGACCCCUCCCCCAGGAGGUCUGACCAAUGGCAGCGGUCGUUUCAUCUCUGCUGCUCCGGGUGCGGAGGCGAAGUAUCGCAGCGCCAGUUCUGGCUCAUCACUCUUCUCUCCCAGCAGCCAGCUCUUCCCGUCGUCACGGCUACGCUACGGAAUGUCGGACGUGAUGCCGUCAGGGCGGAGCCGGCUCCUGGAAGACUUCCGGAAUAACCGCUACCCCAACCUGCAGCUGAGAGAGAUUGCUGGGCACAUCAUGGAGUUCAGCCAGGACCAGCAUGGCAGCAGGUAGAGAGACGUAGACAGCACAAAUAAUCUCUCAGCCCUAAUCUCAUCACCCCUGUCCAGUACCAAACACUAGUACCGAAACAUAGACCUACUGUCUUAUCCUCAUUGAUUGACUCCAGAUGUUGUCUGCUUGGAUGCUGGGCCUACCUACGUGAGGGGAGGCAGACUUUUAGAACUGGAAUGUUCUAUUUAUAAACUGUGGUGUCAAUCCCUCUCUUUCAUGUCUUUCAUCUCUCUCCUCAUCCCUAUCUCCUGUCUCUCUCUUUCCUCCCCCUCUCCUUAUUUCUCACCCCAUUCUUUCUUCUCACCCCCCUCAAUGCAAUUCAAUACACUUUAUUGGCAUGGAACGUUUUGGAGCUUACAUUGCCAAUGCAGAUAUAUAGGAACAUGUUGAAUCAAAGAUGAUAAUGAAAAUAACUCUCCCCUCUCCAGGUUUAUCCAGUUGAAGUUGGAGAGGGCCAGCUCAGCAGAGCGUCAGCUGGUCUUUAGUGAGAUCCUCCAGGCUGCCUAUCAACUCAUGGUCGAUGUCUUCGGAAACUACGUCAUCCAGAAGUUCUUUGAGGUUUGUGAACACAUUAUGAUUGUAUCAGACCCGUCUGUGUGUGUGUGAGCAAUUUGUGUGUUUUUUUGCCAGGUACCUAAUCCAGAAGUUCUUUGAGUUGUGUGUGUGUGUAUGGGGGGGGGGGGGGGGGUUGAUUUCUAACAGGCCUGUCUCUGUGUGUAAAUUGUGUGUUUUGACCGCUACAGUGCCUUCAGAAAGUAUUCAUUGACUUAUUCCCCAUUUUGUUGUUAAAGCCUGAAUUCAAAAUUAAUAGAUUUUUUUUUCUACACACUACCCCAUAAUGGCAAAGUGAAAACAUGUUUUUAGAAAUAAUUUUAAAAUGUAUUGAAAAUGAAAUAUAGAAAUAUCUUGUUCACAUAAGUAUUCACACCCCUGAGUCAAUACAUUUAAGAAUCGCUGUUAGCAGCGAUUACAGCUGUGAGUCUUUCUGGGUAAGUCUCUGUAAGCACUUUGCACACCUGGAUUGUACAAUAUUUGCCCAUUUUAUUAUUUUUUAAAUUCUUCAAGCUCUGUCAAGUUGGUUGUUGAUCAUUGCUAGACAGCCAUUUUCAAGUCUUGCCAUAGAUUUUCUAGCAGAUUUAAGUCAAAACUGUAACUAUGCCACUCAGGAACAUUCAAUGUCGUCUUGGUAAGCAACUCCAGUGUAUAUUUGGCCUUGUGUUUUAGGUUAUUGUCCUGCUGAAAGGUCUCCGUGUCUGUUGGAAAGCAGACUGAACCUGCUUUUCCUCUAGGAUUUUGCCCGUGCUUAGCUCUAUUGUUUAUUUUUGUCCUAACAAAUUUCUUAGUCCUUGCCGAUGACAAGCAUACCCAUAUGCAGCCGCCACCAUGCUUGAAAAUAUGAAGAGUGGUAUUCAGGACAUGAAGUUAAUUUCUUUGGCAAAUUUUUUUGCAGUAUUAUUUUAGUGCGUUAUUGCAAACAGGAUGCAUAUUUUGGUAUAUUUUUGUUCUUUACAGUCUUUCUUCUUUUCACUCUGUCAUUUAGGUUAGUAUUGUGGAGUAACUACAAUGUUGUUGAUCCAUCCUCAGUUUUCUCCUAUCAGACAUUAAACUCUUAACAGUUUUAUUUAUUUAUACAUUUUUACCCCCCUUUUUCCCCCCAAUUUCGUGAUAUCCAAUUGGUAGUUACAGUCUUGUCCCAUCGCUGUAACCCCCAUACGGACUCGGGAGAGGCGACGGUCGAGAGCCAUGCGUCCUCCGAAACACGACCCUGCCAAGCCGCACUGCUUCUUGACACACUGCUCGCUUAACCCGGAAGCCAGCCGCACCAAUGUGUCGGAGGAAACACCGUCCAACUGGCGACCGUGUCAGCGUGCAUUCGCCCGGCCCGCCACAGGAGUCGCUAGAGCGCGAUGGGAAAAGGACAUCCCGGCCGGCCAAACCCUCCCCUGACCCGGAUAACGCUGGGCCAAUUGUGCGCCGCCUCAUGGGUCUCCCGGUUGCGGCUGGCUGCAACACAGCCCGAGAUCAAACCCGGAUCUGUAGUGACGCCUCUAGCACUGCGAUGCAGUGCCUUAGACCGCUGCGCCACACAAGAGGCCUCUGUAACUGUUUUAAAAUCACCAUUGCCUCAUGGUAAAAUCCCUGGGUGGUUUCCUUCCUCUCCGGCAACUGAGUUAGGAAGGACGCCUGCAUCUUUGGGUCUAUUGAUACACCAUCCAAAGUGUAAUUAAUAACUUCAUCAUGCUCAAAGCGAUAUUCAAUGUCUGCUUUUUGUAUUUUUACCCAUCUACCAAUAGGUGCUCUUCUUUGCGAGGCAUUGGAAAACCUCCCUGGUCUGUGGUUGAAUCUGUGUUUGAAAUUCACUGCUUGACUUAGGGACCUUACAGAUAAUUGCAUGUGUGGGGUACAGAGGUUAGGUAGUCAUUGAAAAAAUUAUAUUAAGCACACAGAGUGAGUCCAUGCAACUUAUUAUGUGACUUGUUAAACACAUUUUUAUUCCUGAACUUAUUUAGGCUUGCCAUAACAAAGGGGUUGAAUACUUAUUGACUCAAGACAUUUCAGCUUUUCAUUUGUAAUUCAUUUGUAAACAUUUCUAAAAACAUAAUUCCACUUUGACAUAAUGGGGUAUUGUGUGUAGGUCAGUGACACAUCUCAAUUUAAUCAAUUUUGAAUUCAGGCUGUAACACAACAAUAUGGGAAAAAGUCAAGGGGUGUGAAUACUUUCUGAAGGCACUGUACAUCAUCAAAAAGUGUGUGUGUUAACUGUUCUCUCUCUUCUCCCCCUCUCUCUCUGUUUGUGUAGUUUGGCAGUCUGGACCAAAAGCUGGCUCUAGCAGAGAGGAUCAGGGGUCAUGUCUUGUCUCUGGCCCUGCAAAUGUACGGCUGUAGAGUCAUACAGAAGGCCCUGGAGUUCAUCCCCUCAGACCAACAAGUUAUAGUACGUAUUGUACUUUAUUUUUUAAUUUUUUUAUUUAACCUUUAUUUAACCAGGUAAGCCAGUUGAGAACAAGUUCUCAUUUACAACUGCGACCUGGCCAAGAUCAAGCAAAGCAGUGCGAUAAAAACAACAACACAGAGUUACAUAUGGGGUAAAACAAAACAGAAAGUCGAAAAUACAACAGAAAAAAUAUAUACAGUGUGUGCAAAUGUAGCAAGUUAUGGAGGUAAGGCAAUAAAUAGGCUAUAGUACAAAAUAAUUACAAUUAGUAUUAACACUGGAAUGAUAGAUGUGCAAGAGAUGAUGUGAAAAUAGAGAUACUGGGGUGCAAAUUAGCAAAAUAAAUAACAAUAUGGGGAUGAGGUAGUUGGGUGGGCUAAUUUCAGAUGGGCUGUGUACAGGUGCAGUGAUCGGUAAGGUGCUCUGACAACUGAUGCUUAAAGUUAGUGAGGGAGAUAAGAGUCUGCCGAGUGUGUGCACAUCGUCCAUGUCUAUGUAUGAGGAACCUCCAAGCAAAGAGCAACUGUAGACUGUGUGCGUUGGUGUGUUUAUCUAUCUCUAACCCUGUGUGUGUGUGUGUGUGUGUUGCAGAGUGAGAUGGUGCGGGAGCUGGACGGCCAUGUGUUGAAGUGUGUGAAGGAUCAGAACGGGAACCACGUGGUGCAGAAGUGUAUUGAGUGUGUUCAGCCCCACGCACUACACUUCAUCAUAGACGCCUUCAAGGGACAGGUAGGUGACGCGAACACACACACACACCAUCAUCAUCGCCUGCAGGGGACAGGUGGGUCACCAUGGUAAUGGCAACAGCAGCCCAGUGGCAGCCAUCUUCCAUCCACUGGCUACAUGUCAAAAUGAUCAUAAAGAGUGUGUUUGUAAAGAGAUUAUUGUGCCUGUGCUUAGCUGACUGUGGGAGAGUGAGUAAUUUUUCAGCACACACAAAGAUUGUCUGUAUUGGAUUGGGCUCUUGGAUUUUUCAAUUGUAUCAAUUUCCACAUUCCUGUGUUUUACAUUCCCACACAUCAGACAGCUAGUUGUGUAAAUGUUAGUGAUUGUUUGUCUAAAUGGUUAAGUAGGUCAUCGGGAAUUGGCUUGUAUCAGUCUUUCACUGGAGUGUGUGGGUGGUGGGUGUGUGAAUGAGUCAUCAGAGAUUUAAGGUGUGUUAAGGUGUGUGUGUGCCGGUGUAUAACGUGUGUGUGUGUGUCUGCAGGUGUUUGCCCUCUCCACCCACCCCUACGGCUGUAGAGUGAUCCAGCGUAUUCUAGAACACUGCCUUCCAGACCAGACCCUGCCCAUUCUGGAGGAGCUGCACCAACACACUGAACAACUGGUGCAGGUAAAACACAGAGAUGCGCACACCACCGGUUUGACCAGACAUUUUGUUGCAUCUGCUGAUGUCCAGAUCAGGACGUUGUCAUUACACUGACAUUCUGUAUUGUGUUUAAGGCUGAAACUUCUAGAAUUUGAAACUGCUUGAAACAAAUGUUCAGCCUUGUCAUGUAGCUAACGUAAAUGCAAAACUCAGUGUGUAACUGUUUCUCUCUCUCUCUCUGUCUGUCUCUCUGUCUGUCUGUCUGUCCAGGACCAAUAUGGUAACUAUGUGAUCCAGCAUGUGUUAGAACACGGCAGAGCGGAGGAUAAGAGUAAGAUAGUAGCUGAGAUCAGAGGAAACGUUCUGGGGCUCAGCCAACACAAGUUCGCCAGGUACACACUCGCACAUCAAUCAAUCACAUUGGUUUAUCAUUUUUUCGGCAUUGAGCAAAUUUCAAGUCUGCUGAGCACAAGCUUGAAUGUUAGAAAAUUAUGUGCAACUUCUGGCACGCGUUUACUGUGAACACUGAGGCUGUACCCACUUUAAGUUACAGUUAUAACAUUGGCCAUGUAGGCUACUGUGGCUAUUUGAUCAUAAUGUAGGCCUACCAGAGUGGCCUACCAUUAAAAAACUAUGGAGAAAAUGCAUCCCAUAACAUUUUAACAUGGACAUAAAUGUUCUAUCAUUCAGCCUACAGUAGCAGCCAAUGUGUGGUGUUCAAUGUAGGCCUACAUUCCAGGAGACUUUUGAAAACAACAUGCAGGGCUUGACAUUAACCUGUUUAUCCACUAGUCCUUCAGACAAGGAGGUGACUGAACAUGUUUGAUGCAAGAAACCACUUUACAAAAUAAAAUGUAUUAUUAUUCCCAUACCAUUAUCACAGAGAAUCAGACAAUGAUGCUACCCUCUGCCUAUUGGCUACUCAAGCCUGUCUCAAAAUACAACAUAGCUUUUUUUCUGUCUUAAAAGGGGCAAUUUACUUGACUUGCUUUUCAAAGAUGGCUAGAAAUGCAUACGUUUUGUGCUCUUGUAGGAAGCAACCACUCCCCCAUUGCUGACUAGAAAUUAGCUAUAACUGGGCUAAUAACUCACUUAAUAGCAAAGAAUAUGAACAAAUGUGCACACGUGGCUACAUGCAGCUCUCACUUUGAUCUUAAAACAAGCUAAUCUACUCACGGCCACUCAUGCUGUAACAGUCCAGCUCAUAGUGAACGGCACAGAUCCAUAUAUGGCAAUGGUCUAUUUGCAUAUAGGCCUACUGCAGCUCUGAUUGGUUUGGCACACCAGUCUGUGUAGAGUAUGGGCCUGAGUCAUGCUUGUCAAUGCAAUAGAAUCCUACAUCCAAUGCGCUCUGCCUAAAAUAAAAUAUCUUGCACAGUUCGUUUUGUUUCGGUAUGUUGCAUUGAAAGUGGCUAAUAUUGAGUUGAUUCGAUCACAAUUCCCACAGUAGAGGGGAAACGUUGAUAGUGUUAACUAAAGGGGAAAACUAGAAAGUUGAGUGAAGUCUAGUCUCGUGCUUCUCUGCGCGGGCUGAUAUUUAUUCUGCGCGACAGUCCCGGGAGAGCUGCAUGCCCACGCGCAGCAUAUAUGGAACAUUGUUAAUAAACCCUUUUUAUAGCCGCGGUUGUCACAAAGUUACAGUUAACCUGGCCUAGACCGCAAAAGGCCAUGCAGAAUCAGUGGCUAACCCAGCCUCUCUUACUCUCUGCAGUAACGUGGUGGAGAAGUGUGUGAGCCAUGCGUCGCGUGCAGAGCGGGCCGUGUUGAUAGACGAGGUGUGUAGCCUGACGGAGGGGCCCCACAGUGCCUUGUACACCAUGAUGAAGGACCAGUACGCCAACUACGUGGUUCAGAAGAUGAUUGAUGUGGCCGAACCAACACAGAGGAAGAUCGUCAUGCACAAGGUUGGGACCUGUUUGUGUGAAACAGUGUGUGUUUGAGAGAAAGAGAGAAGCAGUUUGUUUGUGUGUGUGUGUGAGCGACGUAAAGAGAGGGAAUAUAAUAAAUAAUACAUUUAUUUUGUAUAGCGCUUUUUCAUUAGUGUUAUCUCAAAGCUCUAAAAAUAUAUGUAUAAAUGGUAUGCAAUUGUUUGUGUGUGUACGUAUUUCUCCCCUUCUCGCCCCAUCAGAUCCGGCCCCACAUCUCCACCCUGAGGAAGUAUACGUAUGGCAAACACAUCCUGGCUAAGCUGGAGAAAUACUACAUGAAGAAUGGAGUAGACCUGGGUCCUCUCUGUGGCCCUCCCAAUGGCAUCAUGUAAACUACUACCCCUACACCCCCUUAUUCCUUACACCCUUACACCCUAACUCUUACACCCUUACACCCUAACCCUUAAGGACAAGACGGACCAACAGGAACGUCAGCCGUGUGCAGUAGAUCACCUGCUGGGUGUCGAGGAAUGGUGGCCAUUCAACAUAAAGGACGGCCACCCUCUGUGCACAGCUGAAGUUUUAUUGGAAUGUCUUGUCUUCUGUACCAUAACCCCUGGCCUAUACCCUACAUGAAGAACGGAGUGGCCCGCCUAAUGGCAUCAUGUAAACUACUAUCCAUAUUUACCCCAUUAUUCCUGACACCCUUACACCCUAAACCCUAUACCCCCUCCUCCCCUUUAUUCCCCUCCUAAUGAGAUAAUGUAAACUACUAUCCUACCCCCCAAUGAUGACAUGUAGAACCCUCUUUACCUACUCCAACCCCUCCUGCUCACUCUUAUCCCCAUGGUAGCCCAUUGGGAGUGGCCUGUCUAAACAGGAAGCCUUGGUUAAUUUAGCCCCUCCCCCAACCCAAGCCCUACUCUGCUAUAGUGGAGCUGUUUAGGGGGAGGCAGAGGGGUGAGGGGGAGGUGAGAUGCGUCCCACCCCUCCAUUCCUUCUCCCUUUUUUUGUUUUCCUUUAUUCGUCUUUUAAAUAAAUUAGAAUCAUUUAACUUUUUUGCUACUGCUGCGGGCCACACACUUCUAUGUCCUAUCGCUACUAUGGGAUGGAACGAACGUAUUUAAUUUGUCUGACGUCGUCACCAAAUCAGUCACACACACCGUACAAUAACAGACACGCACACCACACACACAUGCUACUCACCACACACACACGCACGCCAUGAGCUUACCAGCACACAGAUCAUUUAGCAUGGGAGAUUAGUUUCCGGUCUUGCUUCUAUAUAUAGCGUGUAUACUUGGUGUAGACCUUUGCAUAUAUAUAUAUAUAUA